UUUUUCUUACUGUAAAAGCAGGGAGGGUUAAGUUCUGUAAUUUUGUAUGUGGCUACUAUACUAAGAAAACAUGAACACAUAUUUUCAUGUCGUGAAGUAGUCCCUAAAAACCUCUUCAAAGCUGGGGAUGGUGGCGCACACCUUAAUUCCAGCAUUUGGAAGGCAGAGACAGAUGGAUCUCCAAGUUUGAGGCCAGCCCGGUCUACAAAGUGAGUUCCAGAAUAGCUAGGGCACUUAUACAGAGAACCUUGUCUAAAAAAAAGAAAAGAAAGGGUUUGGAGUUUCAGAGCAUCUAAUGCUCUUCCAGAGGACUGGAGUUUAACUCAACUCCAGGGAUCUGACACCUCGCCUCUUUGGCACCUGCACUCGUGCAUAUGCCCAGGCAUACUCAACAUUUUUAAAAAUCUAAGAUUACACAGCUUUCUAUUUCAUGAACAUGAUGCAGAUUUUUUUCUAGAUAACAUUCAGAAUCCCUCUAAUAUAAAAACAUGAACAUUGACAUGAUUGUUUUCAUAUCUUUUUUCUUUUUCCUCUAGUCUUCCCUUUUCCCCUUUAGUAAGUCCUAGAGAUUGAACCCAGGGACCCAGAGCUAGCUAUACCUUGUUCUUGCCUUUAUCUUUAUUUCUAACUGGGUGUGUUUUCCUGUUUGUUUUUGGAAACAGGGUUUCUCUGUGUAACAGCCCUGGCUGCCCUGGAACACAGAAAUCCACCUGCCUCUGCCUCCUGAAUACUGGGAUUAAAGGCGUGCGCCACCAUGUUUGGCUUUGAUUGUUCUAGAAAGUCAGAAUGUGUGUUACAAGUUAACGUUCAGUUUAAGAGACAUCUUUUCCAAAGUUGUUUCUCUUCCUGUAUUGAGGGGUUCUUAAGACUCUGUGGUUGUUGUCUAUCAGCUAAUGGGAAAUUGUGGCAUCCUAGCUAGCCUUUCCUUCUGAGCUGUUACCUGCUGUGACUAUGGUAAUAGAAUUCUAUAGGAGUGGGAGUGUGUCUUACCAAAAGCAGAUGGGGUCCUGGGCUAAACUAUCUGCUAUGCUUGCCUUCUUCAAGGUGGCUCGGCAGAUCAGGGCACUGGCCACCCAGUUUGAAACCCUAGUUUUGUCCCCAGAACCCACCUGGUAGGAGAGAACCAACUCCUGCAAGUUGUGCAAAUUUCUGCGUGGGUACCAUGGUAUAGAUGCACUCCCUCCAGACACACAAAUGAUGGUAGUAUGCUACAGUCUCCUCUGAACCGCUCCAUCACACACUUCACUGAUUUACUUUAUUAAUUCUCUUCUACCGUACUUUGACGACCCAUUGGGUUUACAAAUGAAAUGAGGAAACAGGUCUAAAAAGAGUAACUUUCUCUCAACAGCUUGUUUCCGUUUAUCUCACCCUAUUCUCCCCUCCCCUUCCUGCAACACAGUGUUUCUCAGUGGAGUCCUGGAUGUUCUGGAACUCACUUUGUAGACCAGGCUGGCCUUGAACUCACAGAGAGUCUCUGCUCAUUUCUAGCCUAUUAUAAUGUUUCCGUUUUACCUUGACUGUUAAGGAGUCCCCAGAACUACACAGUCAUACUCUUAGAUUCAUGGAAAUAGGACAAUGAGUCUUUAAUUCGUUUUCGAAUCCUUACUGCUGCUUGUCUUUCCUUCCAGGGUCCUUUCUCUGUAAUAGAGGCAUUGAGUACUCCACUGGGCGCCUAGCUUGAAAUCCUGUCAUCAGAGUUCAUGCUGUUCUGCGAAGGUUUCUUUGUGGCUUUGGAGCCUGGAACUCACUCUGUAGACCAGGCUGGCCUUGAACUCACAGAGAUCCACCUGUCUCUACCUCCCAAGUGCUGGGAUUAAGGGUGUGUACCACCACCACCCCUCUGAGAAAAUCAGAUUUAAAUAUUAUUGACAACACAGUUGAGAAUAUUUAGGAAAACAAGACUUCUCAAUAUCUGCCCAGAGAGGUGGAUGUGUAUGCUCCUAUUUUAAAAAAUGAGUUUAACUAGUGAUGUAUUAAGAGUUGAAACCUGGCUUUUGGCAACAUGGCAUGUUAAAGUGCCUCUAAUGUGGCUGGAAGCUUGUGUUAAUUGGAUCCAAGAAGAAAAUAAUAAUGUUAAUUUGAACCAAGCACAAAUAAACAAACAGGUGUUGGAGCAAUGGCUUCUUACUGACCUGAGAGACUUGGAAUAUCCUCUCUUACCUGAUAACAUUUUAGAAAUUCCAAAGGGAGAACUGAAUGGAUUUUAUGCUCUACAGAUCAAUUCUUUGGUUGAUGUAAGUCAGCCCGCGUAUUCCCAGAUACAAAAGCUGAGAGGAAAGAAUACAACCAAUGAUCUAGUUUCAGCUGAAACACAGAUUACUCCAAAACCAUGGGAAGCAAGGCCUUCCCGGAUGCUGAUGCUACAGCUCACGGAUGGUGUCACUCAAAUUCAAGGGAUGGAGUAUCAGUCUAUUCCAGCUCUCCAUGGUGGUCUUCCUCCAGGUACAAAAAUUUUGGUUCAUGGACGCAUUUCAUUCCGUCUUGGUGUUCUCUUGUUGAAACCAGAAAAUGUGAAGGUGUUAGGGGGUGAGGUAGAUGGUCUUUCAGAAGAAUAUGCUCAAGAGAAAGUACUUGCAAGAUUAAUUGGUGAACUUGAUCCUACAGUUUCAGUUGUACCAAGUAAUUCUGAUCACAGUUUGCCUAGAGUUUCAGGGGGGUUGGAUGCUGUUUCAGGACCUUCAGAUGAAGAACUCCUGGCAAGUCUCUAUGAAAGUGAAGAGCCUGCAGCAAGCAAUGAUACAUCACCCAUGGAAGGAAGCUGUUUCAGCACAGGCAGCUCCUCAACUCCCACUCCCACAAUUCAGUCUAGUUUUGAGCCCAGAUGUAAUAUUUCUUCAAAGCACAAGGAGAAGCCAAACCAAUCUGUGCAUUUCAGUAGUGGAGAGUUUGAUGACUUCUCACUGGAAGAGGCCUUGCUUUUAGAGGAAACUGUCCAGAAAGAGCGGAUGGAAACAAACGCAUUACAACCAUUAACUGUGAAGAAAAACACAGAUAAAUGUGUAGAGAUAUUUUCACAUAAUCCUAAUACUCUGAACCACACUCCUUUGAUGAAUAAACAAGGAAACAGCAAUUGCAAUGAAAAAAAAUUAUCUGAACAAAUAGUUCACAAAGACAAAUUUUUUAGCUGCCCAUCUCCGGGAGACCAUAAGAGACUCUUAGCCCAUGAUUUUACAGAUAACAAUAAGACUUUGGAAGACAGUAAUACAACAAAACAAAACAUUGACAGUUCAGAUGAACAUUGCUCCAGUAAUAAAAUGUUAAACAGAAAACUAGGAACCUGUCUAUCAGAAAAGAGUUCAGAGGUUUCUAAUGAAAAUGGCUCUCCUUUACAGGCUCAGUCUUCAAGAUCAGUUGAGAAUAAUACUGAUCUCUCUAUUGACAUGGACUUACAUUCUCCACCCUUUAUCUAUUUGUCUGUUCUAAUGGCCAGGAAGCCAAAGGAAGUCACCACUGUGACAGUCAAAGCAUUUAUUGUCACUUUGACUGGGAAUCUCUCAAGCUCCGGUGGCUGCUGGUGUGUAACUGCAAAGGUUUCUGAUGGCACCGCCUAUCUAGAUGUGGACUUUAUAGAUGAAAUACUUACCAGUAUGAUAGGCUUUUCAGUACCAGAAAUGAAGCAAUUAAAAAAAGACCCUCUGAAAUAUCAAAACUUCCUAAAAGGGUUACAAAAAUGUCAGCGAGAUCUGAUAGAUUUGUGUUGCCUAAUGACUAUUUUAUUUGAUCCUUCUUCACAUAAAGCCUUGGUGCUUGAAUUACAAGAUGUUGGUGUGGAGCACCUUGAGAACCUAAAGAAGCGGCUGCAUAAAUAAUUUGACGAAAUACUAUUGGAGUACACUUUAAAACAUGCAAAUAUUUGUUCGUAUUAUUUUUGAAACUCUGUAAAGGAAGGAAAAGCUUUUGAGCUUAAAAAUGGGUGAGAUGGCUGAGUGGUUAAACAGGCUUCUGCCAAGUCUGAGGACCUGAGCUUGAUCCCUUGGUCCCUUGUGGCUGAAGGAGAGAAACAACUCCCAAAAUCUGUUGUCUGUCCUUCACACAUGCAGCAUAGAGCUUGUGCACACAUAAAAACACAUAUACACUAAAUGACAUUUAAAAAUAAAGAUAUCUAAUCAAAAUGAA